AUGACUCAAAAUGGACCAAAUUUUUCGAACCUACUAAAUAUUCAAAUUGUAAACUCUAGGGAAAAGACUCUAACUGCGAUAACAAAAGAACAUGUUCCAAAACCGCUUUCGGAUAUGCAAAGAUCGAAACUUAAAAUUGCCCACCUAAAUGUUCGCUCAAUUAAGAAUAGGAAUCAUCUUAUACAGGUUCGAGAACUUAUGAAGGAUAGGAACUAUGAUAUUUUAGCCUUGUCAGAGUCGUGGUUAAACUCCACGGUGACAAACGCGGAAGUAGAAAUCGAGGGCUUUAAACUAACAAGAUUGGACCGUUUGGGAAAGAUUGGAGGGGGUGUUUGUGUCUAUUCUAAAUCGUCGAUUAAAGUCAAAUGUCUCAAAAACAUAACAGGGAUAUCUGAAUUCGGAUUUCAUCAGCUAUGGAUGCUAAUACAACUCAGGAAACUAAGAUCAAUUCUCCUCUGUGUGAAAUAUAGGCCUGAUUAUUGUCCUACUUCAACCUUUCAUGAUAUUUUCAUGGAAAAUUAUAUACAUGCUCUCACAUUAGGAAAAGAAAUAAUUGUUGUAGGUGAUUUAAAUUGUGAUUUGCUGAAACCGGAUUCUCCAGAGGCUAUGUCGCUACUAGAUUUUUGUACAAGUGUGAAUCAAACUCAAUUGAUAAAAGAACCUACACGUGUAACAGAAACGUCAUCUUCCCUUAUUGAUAUUAUUAUGACGUCGAAUGUCAGUUUAGUAGAAAAUCAUGGGGUCGCUUUAUCUCACAUUAGUGAUCACUAUCUAACAUAUGCUUCUUUGAAACUUAAGAUGUUCAAGCCGCCACCUAGUUAUAAAUGUGUGAGAUCCUACAAAAACUACAAACCUGAUAGUUUCCUCGCGGAUUUACAACGAAUACCUUGGUAUGAUAUUUCCAUCAUGGAUGAUGCAAAUGUAAUGCUAGACCAUUUCAAUGAGAGGUUUCUCCAUGUAAUGGAAACACAUGCACCUGUGAGAACAAUGAGGAUUAAACACCGCAGCUGCCCCUUUAUUAGCACAGAAAUUCGCGAACUUAUGCAAAACAGAAAUAACCUAUUGAAAACGGCUCGAAGUACUAAAUUAACAACAGACUGGGAAAUGUAUCUUAAACUAAGAAAAGAAGUAAAAUCCAAGCUGAGAGAUGCCGAAAGGGAAUAUGUACGGAAAGAACUAGAGCACAGUCACAACACUAAUUCAAAGUGGAAGAUAAUAAAGAAUUGUAUUCCUCGUAAAGAAAGCACUCAACAAGUCUACACAAAGGAUAUGAAAGAAGUUGCUAAUGAGUUUAACCAGUUUUUCACCUCAGUUGGUAGGAGAGUAUCAGAAGAUUGCACAUCUUUAAUAGAAUUAUAUAACCUGCCUGCACCUCCAACAAGUGUUUCGCUGGCUGUCGCUGAGUCACAAAAUUUUAGUUUUGUUCCUGUCUCGUGUGGAGAAGUACGAAGGACAGUUAUGGCAUUCCAAUCGAACAAAGCUCCUGGCCAUGACAAAGUACGAAUGUCUACGAUAAAGGAUGCACUUCCAUGUAUUCUCCCAAUUAUUACUGACAUGAUAAAUCGCUCGUUACAGACUUCAGUGUUUCCAUCAGCCUGGAAAAUAUCAGAAGUAAUACCACUUCUUAAAGAGGGAGAUCACGAAGUGGCAAAUAACAAUCGACCACUAUCGUUACUACCAGCGACUUCUAAAAUUUGUGAACGAGUAGCUUUAAAUCAACUAACCUCUUAUACGAACAAAAAGAAAUGCCUAAGUAAACAUCAAAGUGGUAAUAAACAACUACAUUCAUGUGAGACUCUUGGCGUGUUUAUGACAGACAAGGUGUUUAAAGCAAUGGACUCAAAAGAACUCACAGUCAUACUAUUGCUGGAUUUGUCAAAAGCGUUUGACAGUAUAGAUCACCGCAAACUCUUAACAAAGCUAAAAGCAUUAGGACUAAGCCUUGGCGCAUUAGAAUGGUUCAAAAGUUACCUGACCGGAAGGACGCAGCAGGUGAAGAUUGGCUCAGUUGUGUCAGAACCAGGUCAUAUCACUCAUGGUGUACCGCAAGUUCGAUAUUAG